AUGUUUAGAGCAGGGGAGGAGCGUGAGUGUAUUUCACUUCACAUUGGCCAGGCUGGUGUUCAGCUUGGCAACGCUUGCUGGGAGCUGUAUUGCCUGGAGCAUGGGAUCCAGCCGGAUGGGCAGAUGCCCAGUGACAAGACCAUCGGAGGUGGUGACGACUCCUUCAACACCUUCUUCAGUGAGACGGGGGCAGGGAAACACAUCCCACGAGCUGUGUUUAUAGACCUGGAGCCCACUGUGAUUGAUGAGGUCCGCACAGGCACCUACCGACAGCUCUUUCACCCUGAGCAGCUCAUCUCUGGCAAGGAGGAUGCGGCUAAUAACUACGCCCGGGGUCACUGUUCCAUCGGCAAGGAGAUUGUGGACCUGGUCUUGGAUCGCAUUCGGAAGUUGGCUGACCAAUGCACAGGACUGCAGGGGUUCCUCAUCUUCCACAGUUUUGGGGGUGGGACCGGCUCCGGCUUUACUUCCCUCCUGAUGGAGAGACUCUCCGUCGACUAUGGCAAGAAAUCCAAGCUAGAGUUUUCCGUUUACCCUGCUCCCCAGAUCUCCACUGCGGUGGUCGAGCCAUACAAUGCUGUGCUGGUCACCCACUGCACACUCGAGCACUCUGACUGCGCCUUCAUGGUGGACAAUGAGGCCAUUUACGACAUCUGUCGGCGUAACCUGGACAUUGAGAGACCCACCUACACCAACCUCAACCGUCUCAUUGGACAGGUAGUGUCGUCCAUCACGGCCUCGCUCAGGUUCGAUGGUGCCCUCAAUGUGGACCUGACUGAGUUCCAAACCAACCUGGUCCCAUAUCCCCGCAUCCACUUCCCUUUGGUAACCUACGCACCCCUUAUUUCGGCCGAGAAGGCUUACCACGAGCAACUCUCGGUGCCGGAGAUCACCAAUGCCUGUUUUGAACCGGCCAACCAGAUGGUGAAGUGUGACCCUCGCCAGGGCAAGUACAUGGCGUGCUGCAUGUUGUACCGGGGAGAUGUGGUGCCCAAGGAUGUGAACGCUGCCAUCGCCACCAUCAAGACCAAACGCUCAAUUGCAUUUGUUGACUGGUGCCCGACUGGGUUCAAGGUUGGCAUCAACUACCAGCCCCCGACAGUGGUACCAGGGGGUGACCUGGCCAAGGUGCAGCGGGCCCUCUGUAUGCUGAGCAACACCACAGCAGUUUCCUUGGCGUGGACCCGCCUGAACCUCAAAUUCGAUAAGAUGUACGCCAAGCGGGCCUUUGUCCACUGGUACGUGGGGGAGGGGCUGGAGGAAGGGGAGUUCCAGGAUGCACGGGAAGACAUGGCCUCACUCGAGAAGGAUUAUGAAGAGGUGGGCAUCGAUUCUUCAUCACUGGACCGAAAGGCAGAGGAAGAAGAAUAA